GUCUUACGAAAUAAAGUUGAAAAAAUUGGGUGAUCUUACAGAAAUGAGAGGCAAGAUGUUGAAGAGUAUAAUUCGUGUUGGUUUUCAAGAAAGAAGGUUGCAGUAUUCUGAGAAAGAACAGAUUGCUCAGUGGCAGAGUCAAAGGGUUGGUGAAAGAAUACUUGAAAUUGAUAUUCCUUUGUCAUAUGGUGUAUAUGAGGUUCCAAAUGAUCCAAAUAAUAUUCAUAUAUGUGAAUUUCUGUGGGAUCCAACAAAUGAAACAGGUGUUUUUAUUCGUUUGAAUUGUAUUAGUACAGAAUUCACCCCCAAAAAGCAUGGUGGGGAAAAAGGAGCUCCUUUUCGAAUACAAAUUGAAACAUUUUCAUAUGCUGAGAAUUAUACGCAAAGAGUUCAUGUUGCUUCCUGUCAAGUGAAAGUUUUUAAGCCAAAAGGUGCAGAUAGAAAGCAUAAAACAGACAGAGAAAAGAUGAGCAAAAGACCUCAAGCAGAACAGGACAAAUACAAAACGUCUUAUGACUGUACAGUAUUUUCUGAGUGUGCACCUGAUGCACUGUACAUUACAGUGCCAUCAUCUAAUAACAUACCAUCUUCACCACCUCCUGUUUGUUCAACACCUUCAAGUUCAUGUUUCUCAUCAAAAGUUUCAAGUCCUGAGAAUAAAACAGUUAUUUCUUCACAAAGAAGCACUAAAUUUGAAAGGCGUAAAAGUGAAUCUAUAGAUCUUACAGAUGGAUCUAGCCAUUCUCAUGAUAAAUCUCCUACAAAUGAGAAGGCUGAAAUUCCAGCAGAAGUUGGUGUAAAAGAGGAUCAUGAUCUGAUACUGCCAUCUAUUAAAUUGCUAGAAAAACCUGAGAAAAAGUCAUUAUCAAUAGAAUCAACUAUUGCAGAAACAGCAAACUGGUUACGUGAGCAUAAUUUUGCAGACUUUGUCCAAGCAUUCACAAAUUAUAAUGGUCUUGAUAUGUUGAGAUUGUCUCAAGAUGACUGUAUAAAAAUUUGUAACCUUACAGAUGGAGUAAGGUUAUACAAUUCACUUCACUGUAGACCUGUGUUAGCCAAAAAAGCAAUAUUUGCUCGUUUAGAGAAUGAAGAAGUGUUUCGAGCUGUUUAUUUACAUGAAUUAUGUGCUCUAUAUCUCAUUGCAAAGCUUUCAGUUCUUUUCCACAUACCUGUGGAAAAUAUACACGAUCUCCGGUUACGCACUGGAACAUCAGCCAAUUAUACAGUCACAGAUGAAGUUGUUGCUAAUAUGAAAGAUAAUUCUCUGUAUAUUAUAGAGCCUUUAUUAUAUGGUAAGUUUCUAGUGAAAUAUAUAGUAGAUGUACAGUUUAUGAUUUCUCAAAUUCCUUUAUAUGUAUGGCCUUUAGUUAUGUGAUGUACUUUACCAAUA